GGCCUUCAUGCUGUGGAGCGCGCUUUGUCUCCUGUCGGCCGCUGUGGCGGCCCAAGGGAAGCUUUCUUGGAACACCACAGAAUUUCUUUUCACGUUCGGAGACUCUUACACUACCGAUGGGUUCAAUAUAUCUGCUGGCGUUAACUCGCCCAACCCAGGAUUUACAUCCUCCAACGGGCCAAAUUGGGUCGAAUUUCUCGGUGGGACGUACAACGUUACUAACACCAAGGUAUUCAACCUUGCUUCCGGAGGAGCGACUAUCGACGCGGCACUUGUAGCUCCCUAUCUUCCUACGGUUCUAUCUAUCGUCGACCAAGUCUCGCAAUUCGAGACCCAUCUUGCCGACAAACCGGAAGGUGCGCAAUGGAGUAGCGACAACAGCUUGUUCGCGUUCUGGAUUGGUAUCAAUGACGUUGGUAACUCAUACGCCUGGACUAAUGUGACAUCGCAGAGCGAGUUCCAUCACGUUCUUAUGAGUCGUCUGUUCUCACAGGUCGAGGAGCUGUACGACAGCGGUGCACGGUCCUUCCUGUUCCUCACCGUGCCUCCAACGAACCGUGCCCCUCUCAUACUCGAGCAGGGCUCCACGGCGGUGUCCAAGAUCUCCGCCGCGCUCGACGACUACAACGCGCAGCUCGCGGCCAACGUGCAGGCGUUCAGGGACGCGCACCGCGACCUCGAUCAGGCGGCCGUCUUCGACGCGCGCCCGGUGUUCAACCUGCUCCUGGACAACGCGGACGCGCUCGGCUUCGUGAACGCGACUGGGUUCUGCGACGCCUAUCAGAAUGGGACGCCGGGGAUGACCACGCAGGUAGCGCCCUGCGCCCCGGUCUCGAGUUACUUGUGAGCCUAUUAUUUAUUUAUUUUGAUGCGUCACGGAAGCACUCUGGGGCUGAACCCUUGCUUGUCAGCUGGCUAAACACUCUACACCCGCUCUUCACGGUGCACAACAUUCUCGCGCACGCCAUCGCGACACAGCUCAGUGCUUGACGGGCUACGCUUUUGGGCGGGACGUGCCAGAUGUGUACAUGUAAAAACGGUCUCGGUUGCGUAAUGCAGGCUGUGAGAAAGGC